CAUAACCUAGAAAAAAGUUUGUUUUCAAAACAUUCUCAAUUUUUCAUGAUUUUUGUACAUUUUCACAAAAAUACUCCAAUAAUUUAUACAAAAUCAAGUAGACUUGCAGGCCAUGAAGAAUUUGGUGGUGUUCAAGUCCCUAUCAGAGGACUCUUCGCAGCAGGAAAUGCUCGAAAAAUUCGCGGAAAAUGGCAUUUCUGCAGUAUUUAUAACUCCUCUUGCCUUCUCAUUUAAAAACCUACCCACCUGGGGUGAUAUAUUGAAAAAAACCCGAGGUGAUAUCAUUGGGAUUCUCUUUACAAGUCCACGAAGUGUUGAGGCUUCUUUUGAGGCUCUGCAAGGCAAGGAUGUUCAUCAAUCUUGGCAGGAAGCUUACAACUACACAGUCGGAAGGACCACUUGUGAUUUGGUGUCCAAAAAACUCAAUAUUCAGUGCAGUGGAGAAGAUUCAGGGAAUGCAGAAGUUCUUUCAGACUUUAUUCUGAAGGAUUUGGCAGAGAAAUCAAUUACCAAAGGGACUUUUCUCUUUCCCUGUGGCAACUUGAAAUUGGGCAUCUUGGAGAGAAGACUCCAGGAGGGUGGAUUUAUUGUCCAGCCGAUUGAAAUCUAUGAGACUGUGUGCAAUCCGGCACUUGGAGAAGAGAUAGACACCAAAUUUUCCAAUGAAGCUCAAUACCUGCUUUUCUAUAGCCCAUCUUGCGUUAAUUUUACCCUGCCUCUGCUUAAAGACAGAGGAUAUGAUCUCCAGAAAUAUAAAUUUUUGGCCAUUGGACCCAGUACUAAGAAAGCUAUUGAGGAAGAAGGGAUUGAAGUGUUCAAAACUUGCGAGAAACCAAGUUUUGAGCACGUUUUAAAGGUGCUUAAGUAAAAAAAAAUAAUAUAAAUUAUUGUAGGUUCCAGGAUUUUAUCUUAUUUUUAAUAAAAUUUUAAGAAAAAUU